AUGCUAAAACCAUCCCUAAUUGCAAAUAUCAAUCUUUUCGAGAGGCUCAGCGAAUUCAAAAAUAACAAUCAUAUCGUUAACAGAAUAUGCACCAUUCAACUCAGAAUUGCUUCGGAGUAUAAGAGAAGAAGAAAGGAUGUGGAACAAUUUGUUAGUAGCAGUGAAACUGCCAAAUGCAUGUUGUCCCAUUGUAGCACCAUUGUUGACAAGCAAUAA